AUGUUAAUCAAUUACGGGAGUUUAUUAUUGAAAUCAACAAUUGCUGCUCCUCAAUUACGUACAUUUUCUGUAUUAGUGCCAUUAAAGGCUAAACCAACUUCCACUAAUACAAACAAAGGAAAUGAUGAUAAACCUACUCAAAAACAAACUCCCAGAAGAUCUAAAUAUGAAGCUUUCAAUGCUCCACAAAAGGCAUAUCUGGAUCGUGUGAUUCGUGUUGAUCAAGCUGGUGAAUUGGGUGCAAAUUAUAUUUAUCGUGGCCAAAUCUUUGUUUUAUCCAGAACUCAUCCUCAUUUAAAACCUUUAUUACAACAUAUGUGGGAACAAGAAGUUCACCAUCAUAAUACAUUCAAUGACAUGCAAUUGAAAAAUAGAGUUAGACCUUCAUUAAUUACACCAUUAUGGAAAUUAGGUGCUAUUGCUAUGGGUGCGGGUACAGCCAUUAUAUCGCCUGAAGCAGCAAUGGCAUGUACAGAAGCUGUGGAAACAGUCAUUGGAAAUCAUUAUAAUGAACAAUUGCGUUGUUUGAUGAAGGAAUAUGAUGUUAAAAAGGAUGAUGAAAGUUUUGGUAUCCCACCAGAAAUUCAAAAUUUAAUUGAAACUAUUAAAUUGUUUAGAGAUCAAGAACUAGAACAUUUAGAUAUUGCAAUUACCAAUGAUUCACAAAAAGCUGUUCCAUACAUGCUUAUUACUGAAGGUAUCAAACUUGUAUGUAAAGGUGCAAUUUGGGCAGCAGAAAGAGUUUGA